CGGACCCGGUUGUUGCUUACAUCUUACAGAUUUGAACUUCCUGCAGGUGGAGGGAUGAGUCUCUCCCCUGCGAUUGGCACUGAGGUGCCAGAGACAGCUAAUGGGGUGGUGACACCAGUUUCUUUGGAGAAUGGUCCUCAUGCACCAACAGUGGUGAAAUGUGGAGGUUGCAGAUUACCAGGAACUGGAGAGGAAUCAAUGGAUGGGUCCCAUGAAUAUACAGAGAACAAAGUGGAAAACAGAGUUUACACUGAAAAAAAACAUCCGGACAUUGAGAAAGACCUCAAUGAGAGAACGUCUAGUUUAUCAAUAAACAGUCCUGAGGAGGCAGAGCCCUCCUUAAAUUAUGGGACAUGUACAGGAGACUCAGAAUCCAGAGACAUUCCUGGCACUUUUAUGACUAAUGAUGCACAUAAUUUGGUGCUUUUAUUGGAUUCAGCACAGCAUGGAGCAUCUAAAAACUCAUGUCAGCAAGGAGGUCCUACAGACAGACAAGCAACACUUACAGGAAGUUUAGAAAGAAGUCGAGAAGAAGAAGAUGGAGAGAGAGAGAAACAGGAUGAGGAGAACGAUGAGAAGAAUGAAAACAAUUGGAGGAGUUCAGGAGGGAGAACAGAAAUAAAGUCUUCACAGCACUAUUCCUCUUCAGCCCCUGGUCCUAGCACCUCCUCCUCCUCUUCUCCACCGGUUCUUACCUCAGAUGAUACUCCAUGUCCUCCUCACAUAAUGGCCCAGGUUUGGGUUCGCAAUGUUCGAGGGAUGCAGGACAGCAAGAGCCUGGAUGAAAUUAGCCAGGCUUGUGGAGGUGGAUCAGGAGCACGAGGAGGCGGUAGAAGUGGGCAGUCCGAGGGCAGACGGGCCACGAUCUCCUCAGCUCUGGAGCUAGAGGGAACCGUCAGUCACGAAGGAGACCUGACCAACUUCAUCACUAAGAAUCUGGAGCAGAAGAUCAAAAUGAGUUCCAAGCCCAGUCUGGACUGCAGUGACUCUGACUGCUCAGGUCCCAUCUACCGAAGCCGAGGGUUGUCACGGAGACCGGCAGACAUUCCACCUAUUGAUCCUGCAGUUUUACUGGAUCUUCAGAAACACACCCAGGAGGUGGCGCUCAGUGUGGAGAUGAUGAUGAAGAGCCUCAAUGGAACCAUACAGAAUAUGACAGCUCUGAGCGUGGGCUACAUCCAGACCUACAGAGACUCAGUUGACAGCUUGGGGGAGUCUGUAGACAUGAGUAUAAAGGGUAUGUACACUCUAAUGGCUCGCUGUGAGGAGUUGGAUCGUUCCAUGCAGCCCAUACACACUUUGGCUGCACAGAUCCGGGACAUCAAACGCACUCUGGAUGCUCUAGAGGCCAUCUGCAAAUAAGCCCUUCUGCCAGGUCCGAACACACGCCCAAAGCUGCAAAGACUCAAAGUCAAGCUCAUCCUAAUAAAGGAUGCUGGCAACCCUCCGCAGGUAGCACACACACACUGCAGCGAAGAUUAAAAGUGCACCCCUGGAGUGCGGGAAUCAUCGCUGCUUGGCAUGCUGAAAGAUCGCCACCCGUAGUUCUUCUGUUCAUCUUUUGAAGUCUGCCAAUUUUGUGUUGUGGGAUCUUAAAAGAAUUGUCUUUCCUUCUAAUCAAGUUCUCAAGAAUCAAAAUCUCACAGCUUAACUCUGUUUGGGGACUUCAAACCCUACACUCACGCAAUUCGUUCUUUUUCUUCUCCACUUUUUGGUCCUUGUGACUUUUAUCCGUCCUGCCAGCAUGGUUUAGAUUGCACUAACCUCUCCCUCCCAGGUGGGGGCAAUAUUUCUGUCUCUGGAGAGGCAAGAAUAAACUGCUCAAAAGACGGUGACAUUUGCACUCAAACAGAAAGUCUAUUUUUUAAUCUUAUGCAACAGGUUCUUUCACUGCAGGCUAAGUAAGAACAGUUGGAGAGUGUGUCUCUUUU